GCGCGGGCGGCGACCGCGGGAUCGCUGCCGGGCGCGGAUCCGGUGACACCUCUCAGCGCGCGGCACUUGUUGCUCUCAGGACCUGCCGCCCAUCCCUGAGCCCACCUUUCUCCCUCGCCGCCCCCUGUCCCCUCCUGGCUUCUCUCCUUUCCGUGCGAUCGCCCGGGACACCGGUCUCUCAGGCACCGCUGUCACCGGCUGGAGAAAUAGAUUGAAGGAAAUAGAUAAACUCCCUCCGCAGGGGGCCCAGCCGGGCGGCAGCGGCAGGAGCGCUGGCCCGGGCGCCGCAGAGGUGGCGCCUCCCCGGCCCGGGACGCUGGCCCCGGGCGCCGACGGCAUGGCGGACGCGGCGACGGCUAACGGGGACGACAGGGACCCCGAGAUCGAACUCUUCGUGAAGGCUGGAAUCGACGGGGAAAGCAUUGGCAACUGUCCCUUCUCUCAGCGCCUCUUUAUGAUCCUCUGGCUGAAAGGAGUUGUGUUCAAUGUCACCACUGUGGAUCUGAAAAGAAAGCCAGCCGACCUGCACAACCUCGCCCCUGGCACCCAUCCGCCCUUCCUGACCUUCAACGGGGACGUGAAGACGGACGUCAAUAAGAUCGAGGAGUUCCUGGAGGAGACUUUGACCCCCGAAAAGUACCCCAAACUGGCUGCGAAGCACCGGGAAUCCAACACAGCGGGCAUUGACAUCUUCUCCAAGUUCUCCGCCUACAUCAAAAACACAAAGCAGCAGAACAACGCUGCCCUUGAGCGAGGCCUGACCAAGGCACUGAAGAAACUGGAUGACUACCUGAAUACCCCUCUGCCGGAGGAGAUCGACGCCAACGCUCGCGGGGACGAUGACAAGGGCUCCCGGCGCAAGUUCCUGGACGGAGACGAGCUGACCCUGGCCGACUGCAACCUGCUGCCCAAGCUCCAUGUGGUCAAGACUGUGGCCAAGAAAUACCGCAACUACGAUUUCCCGGCUGAGAUGACGGGCUUGUGGCGGUACCUUAAGAACGCCUAUGCCCGGGACGAGUUCACCAACACCUGCGCGGCCGACAGUGAGAUUGAGUUGGCCUAUGCGGAUGUGGCCAAGCGCCUCAGCCGAUCCUGAACUUGGCCGUCUUGCCCCAUCACUGCUGCAGAAAGACUCACCAUCUCCCCAAGGACUCCAGCUUCACGGACUCCUUUUCCAUGUCACCUCCAGAAACUUCUGUUUUUAUCAGGCCGCAUCUUGCUGCCAUCAUCGGAACCCCAGCCUGCUGUCUCUGAUGAAGGUCGACACCCGCCCCCCCGCAUCUGACCAGGCAGGAAUCUGCAAGCAGAAAUGAGAGAAACGGUCAAGCUCUCAGCCUUUCGGGCCUGGGCUGGGUUCAGUGUAUUUGGGGUCGGUGCGGGAGAACGAACCCGUCUGUGGCAUUGUCACUGGCCCUUUUUGCCAAUAUCAGAAUAUCUCCUAGGCUGCGUUAGACACGUGCAACACCCUGUCCUCGUCCACUCACCUCUUUGUCAGAAACUCCAAGGCCAAGGCCAAACGCCAUCUUAGUUCUCAUUAGAAAGAGGUGCAGUGCUUUGUUAGGGGGAGACAGAGAGUGAAUGGAAAGAAUGGAGCAGGUGUGGAUUUGGGCAUCCGGCAGACACACCUCCAGUCACUCACCGCUUUCUGGCACUCCUGUCACUUCGGGCACUGAAGGCCAGAUUGGAGAAACUAUUUCAGACACAGUCUCAGUUCUCUGCAAUGCCAGGCACAGUCUGAUGCCAUCAAGUACCUGGCUUGAUGCUGAUCUCCAUCUUUAUCUGUCCAGGCCUUGCCAGGAAGGGAAAUUGGCAUGUAAUUCCAAGCUGGGGUGACUAGGAAGGGGAGGGGAGGGGAACAGUGUCAAUGCCAAAAGGCCCAAGGGGUCUACCAGCCAUGGGGUUUGCUUGCUUACGGGAGUGGUUUCAUUGGAGAUUGCAUGCCUGGGUUUGACUGUGUUUAUCCACGAGUGAAUUUUGGCCUCUGAGAAAGCAGAUGGGAUUGGGAGGUGGAGGGAUGGGUGAGGAUCAAAAAAGUUCUUUAGGAGGCUCAAUGUUUCCCGGGAAUCUUUUAGAUAGAUCUUCUCUCUUAUGCUCUAACUAAGUCUGGAACUGGCGAUGUCGCGUAACUACCCACCUUAUAACAAAAAUCCAAGAAUUGGCCAAAAAUGACUGUCUGGUCUCUUCAAGUUGUUCCAGGAUGUGAGUCUGCUAAGCCGGGUGCACUCUGAAUCAACUGUAGCCUCUGAUGGGUGAGAGAUACGUUUAGGAGGUGGCUUGAUCGCGGAGCCUUAGGAAUAAAGUCCAUGGGCCUUUCUGAUUGGGAAACCGUGUGGUUUAAACUCGAACAGAAAAUACAUACACAUCUGGGUAAAUUUUCCUACCAUCUGACUCCAUUGCCAGAUGAAAAAGAAGAAACUGUUUUUUAGCUAAUAUUUCGCUCUGUAGUCAUUCUCCUUGAAUUUCACCUCCUUAAAAGCUCACCCUGCACGGGGACCUGUGCAGAGGAAACGAAGAAAAAUGAACUAGUCAUCAGCUCCCUCCUCCCGAGAACACCCUGGGGGAAAGUCCACCGGCCACAGACCCUCACCUCCAACUAACCCUUCCUUCUGUGUUGACUGUUGGUGGAGAGAGAGGCUCCCAAGUGCCUGAAAGUCCCAGGACUUGGCUCACUGGUCAGUGAGGGCAGGACGGCACAGGGCCUUCCUGUAGAAACAUCACCCGAUUCUAACCCAAGCAAUCCCCGGACCUACCUGCCUCCAGGGAUCUCUGGAGAUAAAAGGGGCCCACUGAUCAGAGCCAAGGAUAAGAAACAGGAGGGUCUCCUCCAGCCCAGGGAGGAAGACGACACUUCUCAGCAAGACAUCCUAUAAGCCUGAGACCUUUCAAAAAGCAGAAGGGGGCUUCCCU